AGUGUUGUGCGUCUAAAUUAUCAUUGACUAUAUUAUAUUAUACAAGAAGGAAUUUUAACCAUUUACUUUACUAGGAAUUCCAGGACAUUGAAAGGUCUUAAAGAAGAUACCAGUAUAAAUAAUGUAUUAGAAAAAGUUGUGUUAUUGGAAAUGACUAAGCCUAAGUAAAAGGUUUUUGAUUUUUGUAAACUAAGGAAGUAUAUUUUUUUGCCAAAACUAUGGCACGCAAACAAAGUAAACCUGCUAAAACUACUAAAAAAGAUUCUUCUGUUGGUGUAAAUGCAAAGAAAGGCGGUAAAAUUACUAAAAAGGUAGCAGAAAGCAAAACGAAGAAAAAAGUUGAAUCCCAGCUCAAACUAACUGUGAAGACACAAAAAAGGCAAACUAAACCUGCUGCAAGUUCUCCUGCCAAUUCAGGUAGAAGAAGUAGCCGCACUAACAAUGAUAGUACCAGAAACUCUUUGACAUCUAAUGCUCAUCGUUCAAGCCCUAAUAAAAAAUCUACUUCCAAGACAAAAACCCCUUCAAGAGCUAACAACGCACAAUCUACCAGCAAGCGUAAAUCUAAUUCCACAGAACAAACAAAAUCUAAAAAACAAGUGGUGGCUAAAAAGGCUAAGGAGUCUCCAGUUAAAACAUCACCAGCAGGUAAGAAAAAGCCUGUAAAUGAAACUAAUGGUAGAGGUAACAAAAGGAGUUAUGCUCAAUCAAUAAGCAGCAGUAACACAGAAGUAAACAAUGAGGCUAAAAGAAGGAAGACUGAUGAUUUAAAAAAUAUUACUUUGACUUCACGAAGAAAUAGGAAUAUCAAACCAACAGUCAAGGGUUCCGAGUGGAAAAAAACAAUCUUGCAAAAGAAAGCAAUUGGUGCCAAACAAGAAAAACCUAGCAUAAAAGUUAAGAAAACAACUGUGAAAAAUAAAUCACCCAAGCAAAAUAAGAAAUCGGUUUCUCCUAAAUCGAUUACUAAGUCAAAAGCUGCAGGCAAAACAUUAGCAAAAUCACCAAAAAGUCAGAUUGGAGUCAAAACGCCGACUGAAAAGAAAAAAGCUGUAUCACCACCUAAGAAGAAAGUCAAAUCUACUGUUGAAAAAAAUACUGUUUCAAGUAAAUCUCCAUUGGUGCGUAAUUCAUCAAGAAAAUCUUCUUCCAAACCAAAAGAAGACAUCAAUUCUCCCAAAGCCAACACCUUGGCGACAUCCAUAAAGAAUAAAUUCAAUUCUUGUAUUUCAAAGAAAAGAAGUUCAAGCGGUGCUGGGAUACAAGAAAAUGUGUUAGUUGCUCAAGGUAUUUUAGACGAUAUUCUUUCUUCAGUUGGCAUCCCCAAGGACUCAUCAGAUUUAGACAAAGCUGUCUGUAGUGAAGAUGUCAACUUGAUCACAUCCAAAUCACAGACUACAUUGUUAAAAAUGGAUAAAGAAGAAACUGACCCAUCGUCUCAAACAUUUAUCACUCCUGUAAGUGAAUGUGUUAAUAUGGAUACUGAACAGGAAAAGAAAAUCACGGAUGGUAAAAAAACUAAUGAUAAAAUUUGCAUUGAAACCACAACACCCGCAGACAAACCCACAGACAAUGCAAAUGAUUUAGACGAGAACCUAGAAGAAGAAAUGGAAUUGCGCUUAUCAGAUACAUCAGUAACAUCUGUAAAUGAAAAUGACACUGCCUCAUCUGAACAAAGUCCCAGCAUUAUCACAAAUACUGGAAAUGAAGUAAAAAUAAACAGUAACAGCAAGUGUGUUAAUGAAGUAAAAAGUUGUCUAGAUUCUGACAAUAAAGUUAAAUUGGAGGUAACACAAGAACACUCUGACUGCCAAAAUAAAUUGACAUCACAGGAAAAUGACCAUAAUCUUGAUCCACUUGUUGACCGAAAGAAAUCCACUUCUUCAUCUCAAUUAAAAAAUAACACAAAAGGUGUUUUGCAAGAAGGUAUUGUAGUUAAGGACAUUUCCCCUUCUAGCAAUAAAAAAGUUGAUCUUGCAAAUGCUGUAAUAGUGGAUAAAACUGUAGAUAAUGUUAAAGAAAAGAGUAAAGAUUCCUCAAGCAAGAAAAGAGAAGAUAUAGAACCCAAUGAACAAAGUAUGAAUGGGAAUACUGACUCAGCAAUAAAAUCUAAUACCACUCAAGAGAGUUCCACUUUGAAAGAAAAUCAAGAGGGUUCAGUAGGUCUGGACUGCAAGAAAAACACAGCAAAUGAUCAUAUUGUUACUGAAUGUAAGGUUAUUAAAGAAUCAUCAGCACACCAAUCACUACAAGAUCAUGAUGUAACUAAUGGAAAAUACCCUAAUUUUGACCAGAUUGACGAAAACAAAAUAUCCAAGAGCAGUUUAUCACCAAGCAAGGUUGAUUCCUCCUGUGUUAUCAAGCCAGAAAAUAAAUUAUCCAACACAAAACCUCCAUCAACUCAGCCUUUAAAUGGUGAACACAAAACUGUAGACCACAGUAGAGAUAAAAUCAUUCCUUGUGAUACAAGUUUGAAAAAACCACAUGAGAUAACUACAAAUGGAAUAAACAAACCAAAAUUGAAAUCAUCAGUAAAUGACCCGCACUUAUUACAGAUAUCCGAGGAUAAAGAAGAACAAAAACACCUUGAAAUCGUGCAGAACGAAAUCACAAAAGGUUGUCAGAGCUUGGCAAGUGAAAAAAACGAUGUGAUAGAAGUUAAAGAAGAUUCUGCUGAUACCGUUAGUAAGCGAAGCUUGGACUCUGUUGAAGUUGUGAAAGUCAGUUCUACAACUGAAAAUGUAGAAUCUCAGGCUUUAGAAGAAAAAAAACAAACUUUAGUUUCAGAAUCAGUAGAAUCAAAGCGUGAAAAUUGCAGUUCUACCGGCAUAACACAAGAAUUUGAUACAAUUUUGAAAGUCAGUAAUACAUCGAACAUUGUAGAAUAUCAUGCCUUGGAUGUUAAAAGUGAAACUUCACUUUCAGAAUCAGUUGACUCAAAGCUUGAGAAUGACAGCUCUACUGGCAUAACACAAGAAUUUGACACAAUAACUAUAGAAGAACCAACUAAUUCUAGUGAUGAGCAUCGUUCUAAGGAAGAACAGUUGAACACAGAAAAACCAAGAGAAAACCUGAAACAUGAAAUUUCUACCAUUGUAACUGAAAUUAAAGAUUCUUCAGUCAGUCCAAUCAAAACUAUUGCUUGUGGAAAAAAUAAUAUUGAGAACCAACUGGAAAACUGUUGCCCCAAAGAAAAACCGAUAAGUACAAACGUUGAAUUGCCAGCAGACAAUAUUACGAAUGAAGAAAAAAAUGGAGAACUACUAAAGGUUGAAGAGACCUGCCAAGAAGAAAAUGCUCAAAAUUCUAUUGUUGGAACAAAUGGAGAAACACUGAAUCAUAGUUCUGACACUCUCAGCAACAAAAUGAGUGUUGAUGAAGAAUAUUCUAGCAUGGAAAUUGAAUGUGGAGGAAAGGAACGUUUGACAACUGCUCCUUCUAGCAUGGAAGUUGACGUUGAUGUGAGUUAGACUUUUAAGAUUAAUAUACAUUCUGUAAUAUUUGUGAAGCUAGGAAUAGUGUAGAUUUAUUUUCUCUUACUAGCUGCAAUGUUUGAUUGUGUGUCAAAAGAAACUUUAUUUUAUUAGAUCUAAGAAAUUUUUAUAUAGGAUAGUUUUUUUUAAUGGAAAGUUUUAUUUACUGUUUUACUGUCCACAUAGUAGGUAUAAUCCUCAAGGGGAAAUAUAUUUAGAGAGAUCUCAAAUUUGUUGGAGGUUCUGACUUUAAAAAUAUCUUCACUAAGGAAAAAUGAAAGUUAACAGAGGGUAAUUUAAGUGAGUUAAUGCUUAUUUAAUGUAAGUGGGGUAACUUUGCUGGAACAUUGGUUAACUUAAAGAAGCUGAGCUUGCUCCCCACUAUCUCACAUAAACUAGGGCUUAACAAUGUGUUUAUACAGGAGCAGAAUAAAAAGUAUUGAACCUCUGUGUCUAUAUAAAAAAUAAAUGGUAUAUCAAAGUGCAAUAAUGUUUACUUUUAAAAUUACUGAGAAAUAACUACCUAUGGCAUCAGCUCAUACAGUUAUACAAACUGAGAUAUUUAGUAUAAACCAUUAGAACCGUAUAAAUAAUUAUAAAUAAUAACAAUUAAAGAGUCCAAGGGAAAAACGGGCUAACCCUAAAAAAAUGCAAAAUUUAGUUAUGAACGGUUUUAAAUAGAUCUUUUAAAUCUAAACAGUUUGCAAUAAUGAAAAUUGACAAAAAAAGGCUCCUAGUAAGAGUAAAUCACCUUUGAAAUAAACGCAUCCAGAGGAAGAACGGGGCAACCCACAAUGAGUGUAGGCAAGAACGGGGCAACCCUCAAGCCGCGUAUGCGCUUAUGGUUUGUUUACUUAAGUGGUGCUCGUUUCAUGAACCAACAGGAAAUUUGGGUUAGCCCGUUUUUGACAAGGAAAUUACGUAUUUAGAGUGUUUAACUGUAUCAUUCUCGGUAACCCAGCGGUAUAUCGGCGGGUAUAUCCUUGAAAAACGUUUUGCUCUCCUGAAAAAUUUACUUCUGUGGGGUUAGCACGUUUUUCCCACUUGGACUCUUCAAUUAGUACAAACAAUAUGUUAAUUUACUACAAGUAUUUCAUUUUAGAUGGGUGUCAGAAAUUCCUUAUAACCUUCCUUGUUUUUUUCUGGUUGUAGUGAGACAUAAUAGCUUUUUGAAUUUGUUUUUGAUUGUAAGGGCCUAUGUGUACAAAUAAGUACUAUGAUAUUGUGUACAUAGAUUAGUCUAAGUUCAAUUAUUACUCAGUAAGUCUGUAUUAGAAUCAUAAUGUUCCAUCGCUAAAAUUGUUUUCUUUUAUUGACAAUAUUAAUUCAGAAGCAUCCGUCUUAAAAAUAUUAAAAAAAAGAAAAUCAGGUGCAGAAUCUGCAGUGUCCCGUAAAUGGGUAAAGGACUUUUUUUGGAAAGUGGUAGGGUUGAAAUCUGCAUACCAUGAGCUGACUUACUAAAAAAAGGUUUCAUAAGAGUGAUAUAUCGUCCCAAUAAAGGGCUUUAUCAAGUAGAUUGAUAAAAUUAUCAGUGUUAUGUUAUGUGGACUGUUUGUAUAUAUAUUGGCUCCUGGACUUAUUUUCCCCAAAUAGGCUAGGAGAUCUCCACCUCUUUCCAAAAUCCCCUCAGCCAAACAGCUUCCUUUCAUAUUAAUUAGAUGGUGCUCUCUUUCACCUGUCCACUAAUCCAUCAAUAAAUUUCUUUUGAAAAUGCAUGUAUCUGUUUAGAAAAUAAUCUCUUUCUGCAAUUUACAACUAUUUUUUUUACAAAGAAUAUCUAAUUUUGUCCAACUUAAAGUUUACAACGAAGGGUUGUGUAAUCUUUACUAGGAGUUGUGUAGUUCAUACUGAAUAUUUAUUUUGGAUAGGUUUUACUAAAGCGAUCACAAUAGAAUAAGGUAGACUAUACUUUUGUUAAACCAGCUAAAUCAUGCAAGCAUUUAGGUUUAAAAAGUACAGACAGAGUAUGAUAUUGAUCCAAUAUUUGGACAACUACUGUUCUGCAUCCGUGGGUUUUCAUUCUUACAAGGUUUUUUUAUCAAGGAUUAUAUUUAUGUUUUUUAUAUAUAUUUUAAAGCAGUUAUGUAGUUGUUAGUAUUGUAGUUAAUUUAUUUCAAUGUCAACUUUCUUUAAAUUUACUCAAGACAGUAGUUUUGAUAUGGAAUAUGUUGCAUGCACAAAAUGCUAUUAUCAAUAUUAAUACCAACUUAUUUGUAUCAGUGGUUUUCUGUUUUAGUAAACUAUUUAAUUUUACAUUUUUAUAUCUAGACGAUAAACAAUCUUGCUGUUGUAUUUUUAUUGUCUUAGUUAAAAAUGCAUUGCUUUUAACCAGUUUAAAUGGAAGGGAUUUUGUUAUUUAAAGAUUGUUUAACCACAUGAGCAAUUGAAUUAUUUAUUUGAUUAAUAUUUUAAAAUAUUACAUUACUAUACUGGUAAUCCUCUAAUUAUACAGGUUGGUUUGAUAUUACAGUCAUUCAGGCCAACUUAGCUAUUAAUUACUUAUUAUAUUUUAUAUUACACUUUACUGUUCCAGAGAUUUUUGUAUUUACUAAAUACAGACAGUAGUUUUAGUUUGUGAUAAAUUAUAAGUUUUUGUGAACUAUUUUAAUGACAUUGAAUAAACUACCUCUGAAAAGAAAUACUUUCCUGUGAAAACUGAUGCAUUUAUCAUGUCACUGUAGCAGUUGAGAUGAAUCGUAGGGAUGUUGAUUAUGAUCUUAUCGGUUACAUUCAUGUACUAGUUCCUGUGUAUUACUUAAGUGAUUUUCCAACUAAAUGUCUGAUGUGAAGAAUGUCUUUUUAUUAUUCAAUAAACAUACGGAUCAUAA